AUGCAAAGCCCAUAUCCAAUGACGCAAGUGUCUAACGUCGAUGAUGGGUCUCUAUUGAGGGAGAGUAAAAGCAAGUCCAAAGCAGCUGCGAAAUCAGAGGCGCCAAGACCGCAUGCCUGUCCUAUAUGCCAUAGAGCAUUUCACAGGCUGGAACAUCAAACAAGACACAUGAGAAUUCAUACUGGUGAGAAACCUCAUGCUUGUGACUUCCCCGGAUGUGUAAAAAGAUUCAGUAGAAGCGAUGAACUGACGAGACACAGAAGAAUUCAUACCAAUUCUCACCCUCGAGGUAAAAGAGGCAGAAAGAAGAAGGUUGUGGGCUCCCCUAUGAAUAGUGCUAAUUCUAGUGCUACUAGUAUACCAGAUUUGAAUACAGCAAAUUUUUCACCGCCACUACCACAACAACACUUAUCGCCUUUAAUUCCUAUUGCUAUUGCACCAAAAGAAAAUCCAAGUCGAUCUUCCACUAGAAAAGGUAGAAGAACAAAGUUCGAAAUCGGCGAGACCGGUGGGAAUGAUGCAUAUAUGGUCUCAUCUCCCAACCCGAUGGUCAAGAUUCCCGUGUCGGUGAAGCCUCCACCUUCUUUAGCGCUGAAUAAUAUGAACUAUCAAACUACAUCCACGCCUACUACUUUGUCUUCGUUGGGCAAUAGUCAUAGUAGCAGCAGAUUAAAAUUGAAUGCGUUAUCGUCCUUACAAAUGAUGACGCCCAUUGCUAGCAGCGCACCCAGAUCUGUUUUCAUAGACAGUCCUGAACAGAAACAGCAACAACAACAACAAAAUUCGCUCUCGCCACGUUAUUCAAACACUGUUAUACUACCAAGGCCGCGAUCUUUAACGGAUUUUCAAGGAUUAAACAAUGCGAACCCAAACAGCAAUGGAAGUUUCAAAACACAAACUCAGAGUUCCAUACAGUUGAAGAGACCAAAUUCAGUUUUAAGUUUGAACGAUUUGUUGAUUGGCCAAAGAAAUACAAACGAAUCAGACUCUGAUUUUACCACCGGCGGUGAGGAUGAAGAGGAUGGGUUAAAGGAUCCGUCCAACUCCAGCAUCGACAACCUUGAGCAAGACUAUUUGCAAGAGCAAUCAAGAAAGAAGUCUAAGACUUCUACACCUACGACAAUGCUAAGUAGAUCGACAAGUGGUACGAACCUGCAUACUUUAGAGUAUGUAAUGAACCAAAAUCACUUACAUUCUUCUUCAUCAUCACCUGAUUUCCAAAAGGAAUUGAACAACAGGCUACUAAACGUUCAGCAACAGCAACAAGAACAGCAUACUCUGCUUCAAUCACAAAAUAAAUCGAACCAGAACCAGAAUCAGAAUCAAAAUCAAAAUCAAAAUCAAAUGAUGGCUUCUAAUAGUUCGUUAAGUACAACACCCUUACUAUUGUCACCAAGGGUAAAUAUGAUCAAUACUACUAUAUCCGUCCAACAAACCCCUAUUCCCCAAUCGGAUUCACAAGCUCAAGAAUCGGAAACGCUACCACCCAUAAGAAGUUUACCAUUGCCCUUCCCACAUAUGGACUGA